AUGGCUCGUGAUAUUGAUAAAAAAGCAAAUAAACAGAAAUUCCUUAUCGUUCUCGCCGCCGUCGCGCUGGCCAGCGCUGAUGUUGCUCCGUCCUACGCUAGAACCGACGAGGCGAACGCACCUAUUGUCCGCUCGGACUAUGAAAUCAAUCCCGAGGGAUCGUACCAAUACGCUUACGAAACCGCAAAUGGCAUCACUGGCGAGGCACAGGGCACUAUUAAGAACCCCAACUCCGAAGCUGCCACCCUUGAAGUCAGAGGAUCUUUCGGUUACACCGCCCCCGACGGUACCCCCGUCAGGCUCAUCUACCAAGCCGACGAGAACGGUUACCGUGCUGAGGGCGAUUCCAUCCCUGUACCCCCAGCAAUACCUGAGCUGAUCCUCCGCAGUUUGCAGUACAUCGCUGAUCACCCCCCACCAGCGGAAUACUUGAAGAAGACUCAAGCC